GCUAAUCUAAUUCAAAGCACUCAAACUGUUCAAGUCAAGCUAGCUGAUCAGCAAGCUGAUCCUAAUUCUCCUUUGUAUUCUGUAAAGUCGUUUGAUGAUUUGGGUUUAACACCUGAACUCCUCAAAGGUAUUUAUGCUAUGAAAUUCAACAAACCUUCCAAGAUUCAAGAAAGGGCCUUACCGUUAUUGAUUCAAGAUCCACCAAGAAAUAUGAUUGGACAAUCUCAAAGUGGCACUGGCAAAUCUGCAGCCUUUGUAUUGUCAAUGUUAUAUAGAGUCAAGCUGGAUAUCAAGGCUCCUCAAGCUAUCUGUUUGGCACCUUCUCGUGAACUUGCUCGCCAAAUUUUAGAAGUGGUGGAUCAAAUGUCCAAAUUUACAGGAAUCACAACUCAAUUGAUUGUCAAGGAUUCUUAUCGCCGAAAUCAAGCUAUUAAUGCUCAAGUCAUUGUGGGUACUCCUGGUUCUGUUACUGAAGUCAUCCGUCGUCGCAUGGUACCUACUAAAGAUAUUCGUAUCUUUGUAUUGGACGAAGCUGAUAAUAUGUUGGAUCAAGAUGGUUUAGGAGAUCAAACUCUUCGUAUUCAAGCUAUGUUGAACCCUAAUAUCCAAACCGUUCUUUUCUCUGCCACCUUCCCUGAUCAUGUACGAAGAUUUGCUGAACGAUUUGCCAAGAAUGCCAACGAAAUCUCUUUGAAGAGAGAAGAACUCAGUGUAGAUAGUAUCAAACAAUUUUAUGUGGACUGUGACUCUGAAGAACAUAAGUAUGAUGUCUUGGUCAAUUUAUACGAUCUUUUGACGGUCAGUCAAAGUAUUAUUUUCUGCAAGUUACGAACUACUGCGGAUGAAAUUGCCAGGCGAAUGACUAGUCAAGGCCAUGCUGUCGUUGCAUUACACGGCAAGAUGACACCUGAAGAACGAGAUAAGGUGAUGGAUGACUUCCGAAGAGGUGAAUUCAAGGUAUUAAUUACAACAAAUGUGAUUGCUCGGGGGAUUGAUAUUUUACAAGUGACCUUGGUUUUGAACUAUGAUUUACCUAUGGACCGUAUGAACAAUCCUGAUUAUGAAGCUUAUCUCCAUCGUAUUGGACGAACAGGUCGAUUUGGUCGUACUGGUGUCAGUAUCAACUUUGUCCACAACCAGGAAACAUGGCAAAAGAUGGCGAUGAUUGAGAAACAUUUCGAACGCCCUAUCGAACUUAUACCAACGGACGACUGGGAAGCUGUGGAAAAACAAUUGAAGAGUGUCCUUUAG